AUUGGGUGAGAUUGGAAAGCCGCUGCCGGGGGCGGUUUCGGUUUUCGGCGCGCGCGUCCGCGGAGGCCCGGCCUGUGAGCGUUCUGGAUCCGGCUGCAAGAUGAGCCUGGGGCCGUGACAUGGUGAUGAGUUGCUCAAGCUGCACAGAUAAUUAAGUAGCAGAGAUUAGAACUCAGGUUUCCUGCCUCCCAAGGUUGUUAAACAUGAGCCUGCGGAAGCAAACCCCUAGCGACUUCUUAAAGCAGAUCAUCGGGCGGCCAGUUGUGGUGAAAUUAAAUUCUGGUGUGGAUUAUCGAGGGGUCCUGGCCUGCCUGGAUGGCUACAUGAAUAUAGCCCUGGAACAGACAGAGGAGUAUGUAAAUGGACAGCUGAAGAAUAAGUACGGAGAUGCGUUCAUCCGAGGAAACAAUGUGCUGUACAUAAGUACACAGAAGAGGCGGAUGUGAAGACACCAGGAGGCACUGCUCUUCAGAGAUGGAUAGAUGAAGUGGUUUUGGUUCUCUUACCAUCUUAGUUGGCCUGUUUUCAUGGUGGUUGGUGGGGGGUUGUUUGUUUGUUUGUUUGUUUGUUUGUUUGUUUAAUUACAUUGGAAUAAGAUAGAGGUAUUGCAUUACAGAUUGACUCUUAAGUUUUUCACA